GCUGCCGCUCUUGCGCUCUCCCGUCACUUUGUGAACCCGAAAGCGGCCCAGAAGUUACCCGGAAGUGGAAGUUCUUGCGUUAGCUACCAGAAGAGCGGAGAGAGAUGAACGCACCUCCGGCCUUCGAGUCCUUCUUGCUCUUCAAGGGGGAGCAAAAGAUUACAAUAAACAAGGAUACCAAAGUACCAAAUGCCUGUUUGUUUACUAUCAACAAGGAAGACCACACACUUGGGAAUAUCAUUAAGUCGCAGUUAUUGAAAGAUCCUCAGGUGCUGUUUGCUGGAUACAAAGUCCCUCACCCCCUUGAGCAUAAGAUUAUCAUUCGUGUUCAGACCACUCCUGACUACAGUCCCCAGGAAGCCUUCACCAAUGCUAUCACCGAUCUCAUCAGCGAGCUCUCUCUACUGGAGGAAAGGUUCCGGGUUGCCAUAAAAGACAGACAAGAAGGGAUUGAAUAAUUUCAUGCCGUUUAGCAUCAACUUUGUAAAUAACUGUUUUUUUUCAUGUUUGUAAAUCCUCAUUUGUUGCUUUGUAGCUCCUAAGGAAUGUUGUUCCCUGACUUCUGUGUAAGUUUCAUUCAGUGAUAGAUACAAUGUUUGUUGCCUAAUAAAACUUUAGUUCUGAUAUGUGA